AUUGUGGAGAGUUUUCCUUCGUUAAUUUCCUGGAAAAACCAGGUUCUGGUUCUGGUUUUUCAGGGAUUAAGACAAAUUGAUAGCUAAGCAGAUUGGUUUCUCCAUUUCAAACGCGUUUUGUUGUGCCGACCUAAAGUCUUCACGGUGUAACAAAUAAAUGCAAGAUUUUGAAGAUCUUUCGAAUUUGGUGUGGUCAGAUUGAGAUUGAAGUUGUGGAGAAGGAGAGGAAAAUGGCCGGCUGUUUUCAAUGUUGCAUGCCACAAGAGAAAAUCGGCAGAAACUCAUUAAAAAAGAGCAUUAAGGAAUACAGGGACACAAAAACUUUAGCCUCCUUCACUAAGCUCUCAUUCAAAUCAGAUAGCAGCAGGAGACGGUUCAUAACGGAAGAGAUAAAAACGAUUGGAAAGGGAACUAUUUCCGCUAGAGUUUUCUCUUUCCGUGAGCUGUGUGUUGCUACUCAAAACUUCCACUCUGAGAAUCUGCUGGGUGAAGGAGGCUUUGGGAGGGUGUACAAAGGGCGAAUUGCAAGCACAAAUCAAGUGGUUGCAGUUAAGCAACUCGACAGGAAUGGAUUCCAAGGGAACAGAGAAUUUCUUGUGGAGGUUUUGAUGUUGAGUCUUCUCCACCAUCCUAACCUUGUCAAUUUGGUUGGAUAUUGUGCUGAUGGGGAUCAGAGGAUUUUAGUUUAUGAGUACAUGCCCAAUGGUUCCUUGGAGGAUCACCUUCUCGAUAUAGCUCCGAACAGAAAACCUUUGGGUUGGUAUACCAGGAUGAAAAUUGCUGAAGGUGCAGCAAGAGGGCUUGAAUACUUGCACGAAACAGCUGAUCCACCAGUGAUAUAUCGUGAUUUCAAAGCAUCAAACAUACUAUUGGACGAGAACUUCAAUCCAAAGCUUUCGGAUUUUGGCCUUGCAAAGCUAGGUCCAACUGGGGAUAAGUCCCAUGUCUCCACCAGGGUGAUGGGAACCUAUGGCUACUGUGCACCCGAGUAUGCUCUCACAGGUCAAUUGACAACAAAAUCCGAUGUGUACAGCUUUGGAGUGGUGUUUUUGGAGAUAGUCACAGGAAGGAGAGUCAUUGACAAUACAAGAGCAACAGAAGAGCAGAAUCUAGUUACUUGGGCACAACCACUAUUUAGAGACAGAAGGAAGUUCACGUUAAUGGCGGACCCUUCGCUUGAAGGACAGUACCCAGUAAAGAGUCUGUACCAAGCUCUAGCAGUUGCAGCCAUGUGUCUCCAAGAGGAAGAUACUACUCGGCCUCUAAUUAGCGAUGUCGUUACAGCUCUUGAAUUUUUAUCCGUUAACAAGAACGAAGAGGCUGGUGAUCAGAAAGACGAAGCCAAUUCAGCUUGUCCCGAUAAAGAAGAAAGCAGUGGAAAUAUCAAGUCUGGUAGCUAGACCAUGGUAUUCAUGAAUCAGGAGAGUGUAAAGCAAAUGAGAAAAAAAAAAUUAAAAAAAAAAAUUGCAAAUGGUUAAGCUUUUGAACCGUUUCAUGAAAUCUAGACACGUUGCAGGUGAGCUGCACUGUAAAAAAAGAAACAUAAUUUGAAUUCAACCCGAAUGCCAGUUAUUCUAAUGUCAUUCUUUUCUCGUUAGAAAGUGUUAUAAUCAGAGGAAAAUUUCGUAAAUUUAUAAAUUAA